AUGCGUUUCUCUGCUGUCACGAUCUUCACGGCUGUAGCCAGCCUCGUGGCUACUGCCAAUGCCUACUGGAUGGGAGAUAUUGCCCACCAAGGUGUUGCUCCUUUUGCCGGGUCAGGGUAUCGUGUUUUUCGCAAUGUCAAGGACUACGGUGCCAAAGGUGAUGGUGUCACCGAUGAUACCGCCGCCAUCAAUGCGGCUAUCAAUGAUGGGAACCGAUGUGGAAAGGGCUGCGCUUCGUCCACCACCACUCCAGCUGUCGUCUACCUCCCGGCCGGGACAUAUGUGAUCUCGUCUUCCAUCCUGCCCGCCUACUUCACCCAGAUCAUCGGCGAUGCAAACAACCCUCCCACCUUGAAGGCCACAGCUGGCUUCUCAGGGUUCGGCCUCAUCGACGGAAACCCAUACUACACAUCUGAUUUGAACUGGAUCUCGACCAAUGUCUUCUAUCGACAAGUCCGGAACCUGAUCUUGGACACGACCAACAUUGCGCCCGCUACUGCAGCUACGGGCAUGCAUUGGCCGACAUCCCAAGCCACCAGUCUGCAGAACAUCGUGUUCAACAUGCCAACUUCCUCGGACGUUGUUCACGUCGGCUUGUUCAUUGAAAGUGGUGGAAGUGGUGGCUUUUUGUCUGACCUGACCUUCAUCGGAGGUGCCACGGGUGCCUCCAUGGGCAACCAGCAAUACACGAUGAGAAACCUGACGUUCAGAAACUGCAAGACCGCCAUCAUCCAACUAUGGGACUGGGGCUGGACAUACAUGGGCCUCAGCAUUACGGACUGCGGCGUCGGCAUCGACAUCUCGGCCGGCGGAUCCUCGGACCAGAAGACCGGCUCACUGACUCUGAUCGACAGCACCCUCACCAACGUCCCCGUCGGCGUGCUCACGGCCUGGACCCCGUCUGCCAGCCCGGCUACCGCAGGAAGCGUCAUCCUCGAGAACCUGUCCCUCAACAACGUGCCCGUCAUGGUCAAGGGCCCCAGCGGAACGGCUCUCGCGGGCAGCUCCGGCAGCACGACCAUCAACGCCUGGGGCGAAGGGCACCAGUACAUCCCCAGCGGGCCCCAGACCUUCCAGGGCAACAUCGCCGGCAACUCGAGGCCGGCCGCGCUGCUCAGCGGGAACAGGUACUACACGCGGUCCAAGCCGCAGUACGAAUCGCUCCCGGCCUCCUCCUUCGUGAGCGCCCGCUCGUCCGGCGCCCGCGGCGACGGCAGCACGGACGACACCGCCGCCCUGCAGUCCGCCAUCAACGCGGCCGCCUCGGCCGGCCAGGUGCUCUACCUCGACUACGGCAUCUACCGGGUGACAUCGACCAUCACGGUCCCGCCGGGGGCCAGGAUCGUCGGCGAGACGUACCCGGUCAUCAUGUCGAGCGGCGGCGCCUUCGCCGACAUGAACAGCCCGCGGGCCGUCGUCCGCGUCGGCAGCUCCUCGGGCCAGGCGGGCUACGUCGAGCUGUCGGACUUUGUCGUCGGCACGCAGGGCGCGCAGGCCGGCGCCACGCUCAUCGAGUGGAACCUGGCUACGACGGGCGGCGCGCCGAGCGGCAUGUGGGAUGUGCACACGCGGGUCGGCGGGUUCCGGGGCAGCGACCUGCAGGUGGCGCAGUGCCUCAAGCAGCCGGGCAGCAGCGCCGUCAACGGCAACUGCAUCGGCGCGUACAUGCUCAUGCACGUCACCGGCGCGGCGACGGGCCUGUACAUGGAGAACAACUGGCUGUGGACGGCGGACCACGACAUGGAGGACCAGUCCAACACGCAGAUCACCAUCUUCUCGGGCCGCGGGCUGUAUAUCGAGUCCACGGUCGGCACCUUCUGGCUGGUGGGUACGGCGGCGGAGCAUAAUGUGCUCUACCAGUACCAGUUCUCCGGCACCAAGAACAUUUUUGCUUCCCAGCUGCAGACUGAGACGCCAUACUACCAACCCAGCCCCUUGGCCACAACCCCGUUCCCCGUCAACUCUGCCUUGAACGACCCCGACUUCAGCGCCUCUUGUGCUGGUGUCUCGGGCACCUGCGCCAUGGCUUGGGGUCUGCGGAUCAUCAACUCGCAGAACAUCCUUGCGUACGGUGCAGGACAUUACUCAUUCUUUAACAACUAUAGUACGAACUGCUCUACGGUGAAAGCUGGCGAGAACUGCCAAGCUCGCAUCAUCUCCCUCGAGGGCUCUCUGAGCAAUGUCAACAUCUACAACCUCAACACGAUCGGCUCCCUGAGCAUGAUCAACAGGGACGGAAGGCAGCUUGCCUACUGGCAGGACAACAUCAACGUCUACCCGGACACCAUUGCGCUGUUCCUCAGCGGAUAA